AUGGCCGGUUUUCCACCAACUUUGCCACUUCGAAUUUAAUUUCGCUAAGCGACCCGGCUUAGUGGGGAAGCGUCAAACACUUGCACACCAUUUAGUCUGGCCCGAAUCCCCCUUCAAAUUCCCAUCGAUCGAUCGAUCGCGGGCAGUUCGUGCGACUCGCAGGUGAUUGCGUGUCGGUGUGAGUGAGUAUCUGUGAGUGGUGCACGCGCUUCGGGCGGGGAUUUCAGCUUUCGAAUUUUCAAGUAGUUCGUUGACUGCCCGCCGAGGAAGUUGUGAAGGUGCUCCGCCAUCGAAUCGUCCGCGCAGUCUAGAAUCCGUCACCCGAUCGGAAGGUGCUCACCUCGCUCUAGUCCAGGAGCCUAGAACAUAAAUUAAACUGACACAGUACAAACCAAUCUCCGAAACAAUCGCGCACCAUGAAAUUGGCCAUAAUCUUCGAGGCUUUGUUUUUGUUCGUCUGCUGGUCGCAAGACUUAUCAAUCGAACGUGUCGUGCAGACCCGCUCAAUGGAAAAUCGUGUCAUAUGAUAUUGUUGCCGCCGUAACAGAAUUUUGAUUUAAAUUUGAAUUGUUUAGAAUAAGCACACAUAUGUAAACUUAUCGAUAGGUUUAGUAACGGCCAAAAGAAGGAAAAGCGUCGGCCAUCGCUAUUAGAAAGAAGAAGAGAAAUACGGUGAAGUUAACGUGUGGAUAAAACACGAAGUUUUUUAGCGCGCUUUUCACAUUUUUGUGGCACGCAUAUGGACUAAUAAAGAUUAUUAUUAAGAAAUUGUGUGUUUGCUAAAGAAACGUGGGGCCACACGUCCCGGAGACAACAUUUCUAAAAAACUUCGAGUUCUAAAAAACUUGGUUCUAUAAGACCUCGUUCUGGAAAAACUUCGUUACCUACGGAUCAAAGCGUCGGAUUCCCAGCAGAUAACAGCUAGGUCGAGCUGAUCACGUCGAUUACAGGAACGAAAGGACUUUGCGGAUCAAGGCAGAGGUAAAGGCGUGGCUGCCCUAGAAAGAAAAGCUAGGUAAGCACGCAGAUCGAACGAAGAAGCACACGUAUACAUGCAGACGCGUCAGAACACGCACGCCAGUUAGAGUGGAGCAUGAACAUAGAAGUGUGCCAAAUUUGUGAGAACAAGAACGAGACAGCGUCAGAGAAUUGGGUUCAGUGUGACGUUUGCGGAAGGUGGUACCAUUUUGAGUGUGCCGGCGUAGAGGACGACAUUGAGAGCAAGGACUGGAGUUGCGAUUUCUGCCUUGCGGGUUGCAGCCACAUAGCACCGUACGGCAGUAUGCAAAGAUCACCGGUACAGCCUCAAACACGCGAAGACGCAAUGGCCACCCCCGAACCGCACGACAAAGCGCUGGCUGUCGAUACUCUAAUCGAUAUGGCCGGCAGCGGAGAGAACACACACGCGCAGGAAGGAAAUCCGGAAAGGAAUAGGAACCAAUUGCUUUUAAAGAUGCUAGAGGAGAAAAGGCAAUCGGAGGCAAAGUUUAUAGAAGAAAAGUAUAAACUUCUCAUGCAGAUGAAUCCCACUGAUGUACCGGAAGCCGGGAUGGUUCGAGCUACAGAUUCACCAACGAGCAGUCAAAUAGCGGCCCGGCAAGCUAUACCAAAAGAUCUUCCAACAUUCAGUGGAGAUCCGGAGGAGUGGCCGUUAUUUAUCAGCACGUUCGAACACAGCACCACAGCAGCUGGAUACACCAACGUGGAAAACAUGCUACGUCUGCAAAAGUCGCUUAAAGGAAAGGCUCGUGAACUGAUUAGGGAUAAACUUCUACUUCCGAACCUAGUUCCAGAUGUCAUCAGCACUCUGAAGAUGUUCUUCGGCAGACCAGAGCAUAUCCUAGAAAGAAUGGUGGAAAAGGUGCGAAGACUGGCACCACCCAAAGACAGAUUGGAGGCGUUAAUAGAGUACGCGCUAGCAGUUCGCAACGUCUGUGCGAUUAUGGAGGCAUGCGAUCUGAAGGCACAUCUUAACAAUCCAAUGCUGGUUAAGGAGCUCGUAGAUAAGCUUCCCAACCAACACAAGCUAAAUUGGGCAAUGCAACCUCGCGAUGAUAGGAUAGCAGCAGUUAAAGCAUUCAGCGAUUGGUUGUACAAGAUCGCAGAGGCAGCAUCUUCAGUAGUGGCGCCAUCGUUUUACAAAUCAGGCGCAGUUAACACUCACAACAGUCGCGCAACGCAAGGACAAGCACGAUCGAACGCAAGCCAAACGGAAGCAGCUCAGCAGCAAGUUCAAUCGGGGUGCGUGGCGUGCGGCGACAUCAGUCACCGCCCACCACAAUGUCAGGUGUUCUUGAACCUCGACACGCAGCACAGGUGGCAGAUAAUCACAUCGAGUAAAGCAUGUUUCUGCUGCCUCAAAGUACAUCGCAAUAGAUGCCGAACCGGAAACUGUGGAAUUAACAGAUGUACAAGGCGGCACCAUGAGCUACUUCACACGGAACAAGGCAGUACACAAAAUCUCGUGAGUACGCAUCAAGACGACAACUACGGAAGUCAAUUCUUUCGCAUCAUUCCAGUUAAGCUACGCAAUGGCAGCAGGAUGAUCGAAAUCUAUGCAUUCCUAGACGAAGGAUCAUCCGUGACUUUAGUAGACGCAUCUGUAUUCCAAAGAUUAGGAAUACAAGGCCAAGCUGCGCCAAUGUGUUUACAGUGGACCGCAGAAACAACUCGAAUUGAGAGCGAAUCCGUAAAAGCAUCAAUCCAAAUCUCUGAAACCAAUUCCGAUAGAUUUUAUUGGUUGAACAACGUCCAGACCGUUCAGAACCUAGCACUGCCAAAACAGACAGUCGAGAUGAAAGAACUACGUAGCAGAUUCCAGCAUCUGAGAGACUUACCGCUAGAGUCCUAUUCUGCCCAGCCGACAUUGCUAAUCGGGUCGAAUAAUUGGAAGCUAGCAGUCCCUCGCAGGAUCCGAGAAGGGAAAUGGAACGAACCGAUAGCAUCGAAGUGUAUGCUAGGAUGGACCAUCCAAGGAUCGACGAACCCCCAACGAUCUAUUGUCAUGCAUCACUGCGACUGCGAUUGGCAGGAGCUUCAUGACGAUAUCAAGAACCAUUACAGCCUUGAGACGCUCGUACCACGUAAGCUAUAUUCAGCCGAAGAUAAGCUAGCAGUCAAAAUAUUAGAGACCACCUGCCAAGAGAAGUCAGGAAAAUACGAAGUCCGUUUUCCGUGGCGUGGUGGCAUCGACAAACUGCCAGAGAGCCGCGGUAACGCUCUGAAACGCCUUACCUGCAUAAAGAAAAAGGUAUCUCAGGAACCUGAUAUGUACGACAAGAUUGACGCCCAAGUCAGGAACCUUCUAGACAAAGGAUACGCGGUUAAGCUAUCCAAGGAGGAAACCUGCCGUGAGAACAGCCGUACGUGGUAUCUGCCGAUAUUCAUAGCGCGAAAUCCAAAUAAGCCGAGUAAGCUAAGACUGGUAUGGGAUGCAGCCGCGAAGUCACACGGAUGUGCACUGAAUGACUACUUACUUAAGGGACCAGAUUGCCUGAACCCACUCAUAGAGGUCUUACUAGCCUUUCGUGUCAACAAGAUUGCGAUUUGCGGAGACAUUGCGGAAAUGUUUCACAGGAUCAACAUCCGUGAGGAGGAUAUGCACGCGCAACGAUUCUUGUGGUAUGACAGAAGCAACGAUAAAGUAGAAACCUAUGUUAUGCGGGCUAUGACUUUUGGGAUCAGUUGCGCACCAUUCAUCGCUCACUUCGUUCGAGAUAAAAAUGCAGAAGCCCAUCAAGAAGAUUUCCCAUUAGCCUUAAACGCCAUCCAAAAGGCGCACUACGUCGACGACUACAUCGAUAGCAUGAGAAACGAACAGGAGGCCAUCCAGACCACCAGACAAGUCAUAGAGGUUCAUCGAAGAGGCGGAUUCGAGAUCCGAAACUGGUCUUCUAAUUCAAAAGAAGUCCUUAAGAGCUUGCAAAGUAAUGGCAAUGUUGGUAGCCAAGAACCUGUGGAUUUUUGUUCGACUGAAAAGAUACUUGGUAUGUCCUGGGACCCACAUAAGGAUGUGUUUAAGUUUCUCUGCAGAUUUGCAAGGCUGAAACGCGACGUCCUGGCAGAAAACAUAGUCCCGACCAAGCGAGAAGUUCUGCAAGUCCUUAUGUCGAUCUUCGAUCCAUUAGGAUUCUUGUCGUGCCACACGAUUGGGCUGAAAAUACUUCUCCAGCGUAUAUGGCGGCUAAAUAUCGACUGGGAUCAGGAGCUGCCCGAGAAGAUUCUGGAAGACUGGCGCCUUUGGAAAACUCUUUUAGGGCAAAUCAGGAUUUUCGAGGUGCCGAGAUGCUUCUCCCCAGACACAUCAGAUCCACGCCAAACGGAGCUUCACACAUUCGUCGACGCCAGCGAGUAUGCGUAUUCUGCUGUCUGCUACUUGCGUGUAGCAACGGAUGCCAAAGUCGACGUCUCUUUGGUGAUAGCGAAGUCGAAGGUGGCACCUUUAAAACCACUCUCGAUUCCGCGUAUGGAGCUGCAGGCAGCAGUUAUGGGAGCACGCUUAGCCCACAAGGUGAUGGCAACGCGCAACCUGCGAAUCGACAACGCCACAUACUGGUCAGAUUCAAAGACAGUACUGCAGUGGCUAACUAUGGACCCCCGUAACUUUCAUCAGUUCGUGAUGCACAGAGUCGCCGAAAUCCUGGAAACAACGCAAGUCGAGCAAUGGCGGUGGGUACCCUCGAAGCUGAACGUAGCAGACGGAGCUACAAAGAUGACCGAUCAAACUCAGCAGAAGACGUGGAUAACGGGGCCUGGGUUCCUAAAAGCUGAAUCCAGCCAUUGGCCAACAUCGACAAAGCAGGAGAGCAUCAUCGAUACUUCAGAAAUACGGAAGCAUGUGAUGACAACGUGUGCGAGAUCAGCGGUUAUGUUCAAUGCGCACCAUUUCUCGAGCUGGCGGCGGUUGUAUAGAGCAGUGGCGAUAAUAUUCCUGUUCGUCGAUCGGUUACGAGCGAAAUGCGCCAAGCAAGACAUGCCAACAGCCACGACGAUGGACCAUGUGAGGAAAGCGAAAAUACUACUUUAUAAGCAAUCCCAAGCCAUCGCCUUCGCCGAAGAGUUGAAAGUGCUAUCCGUGGGAGCGACGCUGCGCAAAGGAAACAGAUUGGUCGGAUUGAACGCAUAUGUAGACAACGAUGGAGUACUGCGGACUAGAGGCAGACUGAACUCAAUUGACAUAGCUGAAGACGCAAUUAUACUAGCUCCAGGAUGCCGGAUAACUAACCUAAUAGUGAGGAGCUUUCACGAGAAGUACCAUCAUCUUGCUCACGAGACUGCAAUAAACGACAUCAAGGCUUCGUUUUACAUCAGCCGCCUCCGAGUGUUGUAUAAAUCCGUGCGGAGUACAUGCCAACGAUGCAAGGUUGACAGUGCAGCUCCCAGACCACCCCAGAUGGCACCGAUUCCGAGAGCGAGAAUAGGAAGCUUCCAGAGACCGUUUACUUACACAGGCGUCGAUUAUUUUGGCCCGUUAUUGGUGAACGUCGGCAGGCGCAAAGAGAAGAGAUGGGUAGCUCUGUUCACCUGCCUCACGUUGCGCGCGGUGCAUUUCGAGAUCGCCUAUAGUCUGGACACAAGUUCAUGCAUCAUGUGCCUCUCCAAUUUUAUGGCACUUCGAGGGACUCCGAAGGAAAUAUUCUCAGACAAUGGUACGAACUUCAGAGCCACGGAAAAAGCCGUGCGAGAAGAGCUGAAAAAGAUCGAGCACGAUAAGAUCACCAUUAAGUUCGAUGGCAUAAAGUGGCGAUUCAACCCACCAGGAGCACCACACAUGGGCGGAGCAUGGGAGAGACUCGUCCGUACAACAAAAGGAAUUUUGAAAAACAUUUGCCCAAGUUACUCCUUCAACGACGAGGGCCUGAGAAACGCCUUGAUGGAGGCGCAAUUUAUCAUCAACUCGCGACCGCUCACGUUCGUAAGUCUGGACACUGAGGAUGACGCCGCUCUGACCCCGAACCACCUACUGUUGGGGUCAGCGAAUGGAUACAAGCCACUGCCAAAAGAAGGGAUGAAUCUGCAGCGUAGAUGGAUUGAGACUCAGCGCUUCGGGGACCGUUUUUGGCAGCGAUGGAUUAAAGAGUAUGCGCCCGUAUUAACCAGGCGCACCAAAUGGUUCGAGAAGGUACCUCCCAUAACCAUUGGGAGCAUCGUAGUCAUCGUAGAUGAGCUUCUACCCAGGAACUUGUGGCUAAAGGGACGAGUGAUCGACACAAUGAAGGCCAAGGAUGGACAAGUUCGACGAGUAACUAUAAAGACCCAGCACGGCAUUUUGGAAAGACCAGCAACGAAGAUAGCGGUUUUGGACGUCGGCUUGGAGGAUGGUAACUGACCACGAACCGGGAUCAAUUACGGGGGAGGGAAUGUUGCCGCCGUAACAGAAUUUUGAUUUAAAUUUGAAUUGUUUAGAAUAAGCACACAUAUGUAAACUUAUCGAUAGGUUUAGUAACGGCCAAAAGAAGGAAAAGCGUCGGCCAUCGCUAUUAGAAAGAAGAAGAGAAAUACGGUGAAGUUAACGUGUGGAUAAAACACGAAGUUUUUUAGCGCGCUUUUCACAUUUUUGUGGCACGCAUAUGGACUAAUAAAGAUUAUUAUUAAGAAAUUGUGUGUUUGCUAAAGAAACGUGGGGCCACACGUCCCGGAGACAACAGAUAUGUUAAUGCGGUGCGAGCUUUUCAAAUAGAAAUUAUCACCAAUCACAUGCGAAUUAGUCUUUAACUAAGUAUUUCCUUUCGCUUCGCUUUCGUAGAUUCCAUGGAAUUUUCUGCCAGCCUUCAAUCGAGGUGGAAAAUAAUGAAAAGUGUUUGCACUGGCCUUUAUCUGAAAGCGUCGAUAUCUAAUUAUUAUUUCGUAUUUGUGCCCUUGACGCACCGAGAUUGUGGUGCUUUCCUUAGAGGUCUGUUUACCCAGUUACUUAUUUAUUUGCCCAGCCAUUCACUAAAAAGAAAGAAAAGAAAACAGCUAAUAUUUGUUUGGUGUCCCAUUUAUUAUGCCUUAAUUCACAAGUGCUCGUAUAUGUCAGAGAUAGCCCCGGAGAAGGUCAAGCGAGGGGGUGAAAGACACGGGCACGUGAUCGCUCAUAGCUCGGGGAUACGGGAUCCAAGAUUGCAGAUGACAUGGUGCCUUCAAACACUUUAAUCAAUUUGCUCGAUUAAGGACUCAGUGCACAUUCCAAAGGAAAAUUGAUUGCAGUUUGGUUGCGGAAGGUUCUCGAAUUAAAAAUUUCACAUUCGUUAUCUAUUAGUCGUUUUGAUUAACGACAGCUUAUUAGCUAGCGAUUCACUUUAACGACCGACUGUUUUUCGCUGGAAAAACAUUAAGAGGCUUUGUCGAAUUAGUUGGUGAAAUUAUGGACUUGAACCAUUUUAGAUCAUUGCAAAAUUCCCUUCAAUUUUUUAAUACGAGAGACCUUAA